CACAUAAAAUUAGCAAACAAAAAUCCAAAAUUUAAACCAAUAGAAAUAAAAACCAACCAACCAACACAGUGUGAUUAGUUAGUUGUUCUUAAUAAAAGAAACAAAAAAAAAGAGAGAGAAAAAUAAAACAAAAUUUUGUAAACAUGAAUGCCCGCUCGCAAGUAUUCGAUUUGACCAUGGAAGGUCGUCAAGUUGAUGAAGCUGUUGCUAGUAUUUUUCAUACGGUGCUAUUCCAUCGCUGCCUUGGUAAAUAUAUGUAUACCGGUGAUGCCCAGUAUUCUAUUGGCACCGUGGGCUACACAGACGUCGAUUGUGAUUUCAUUGACUUUACCUAUGUCUGCUGUACUUCCGACAGUCUACAGCGUACCGUCAAUCGGGCCAUCAAUGUAUUCAGUGAGAAAUUGCGCUCGAACGAAAGCUGCGGUUCGGGGCAAAUAAGUUUGGAGUUUUUCCAAAAGAAAAAGUCACGAUGGCCCUUUACGGCCGAAUGUAUACCGUGGGAAGUGUGGACGAUACAUUUGGAUCUGAUAAAGCAUGAAAACGAAGACGAACGUCAGAUGUGCCGUGAGAAUGUGGCCGAUCUGUUGACGGAGAAGGUCAUUUACAUCACAGAAAUAAUGAACCGACACGAUUACGUACCUAAGACACCCAGUCAAAGUGAAUUGGAUUUAAUAUUCGACACCACUUAUCCGGAUGUGCAGCCAUAUUUAUUUAAAUUUGUCUCCUCCACAUCGGAUACGGCGGCACCAUCCAUGGGCAAUGCCGUAAAGAAAAUCAUUAAAGAGACGCUUGCAUUGUGACGCGUUCUAAAACCGUUAAUUUUAACGAACACUCCUCAAAACAUAAGAAGAAACCUGAAAACCGAUGAGACAGGCAUACAAAGGCAAACGUCAUUGUGUCUACUAAGUGAUAAACAAACAAAGUGUAUUAUUAAUCGGAGUUAUAAUAUAAAGUCUCAAGUUUAUUAUAAGCUCUACACAAACGUUCAACGUGAUAUUAAUGAUGAUGUUGAUGAUGAUGAUUACGAUAAUAGUAAUCGUAAUGCUGCUGGUGAUAUGAACGAGUUCGAAGAAGACAAUGUUGGCUUGUUUAUGUCCUGUUCGGAAAAGAAUAAAAAACACAUGAUUGUGUAUUAUAAUCCCCCCAGAAAAUUGACUUCUUCUGCUGCUGCUGUCCACCAGAGAGUUGGUGGCAGUUAUUUCUUACAAAAUCUGGCUCAUAAUUUUAUGUUUCUUUGUUUUUGUCGUUCUUAUCAUCAUAAUUAUCAUUAUCCCUCCAGACGUUUGGGUACAUUUUAAGUUAUUGAAAAAACAAUUUAUAGAAAUAGAUGUAUUUCAAUAACUUGAAUGUAUUUAUUAUUUUUGGUUUAAGUUGAAUUAAAUGAAUUUUUAAUCAACAAAUUUAGUUUUUAACUAAUUUUUUUUUAGUUUUAUAUAACUAAUUAUUGAAAACAAAAGAAAAAACUAUUCAAAACGUGAUAAUGAAUAUAAAUUAUUAUUAGUUUCUUAUUUUUAUAUUGCAAACCUUUGUUAUCUUUAACAAACAAAACAUCAUUAGAAUAUCUCUUCUGUUAGAUAUUUAAGUCUAAAUCUAAUUUUUAACAAGUUAAAAUAACAACAAAACAAAAACAAAAAAACCCAUCGUUUAGUUAUUUAAGUACCAUUAAGCAAAACCUAAAGUGUAUUGUUUAAGGUAAACAAAUUUGCAAUUUGCUUGAUUAUUCUCUCAAAAUUAUGAAAACAAAAAAAAAAAAACAAAACUAAAUCAAAACACCAAUUUUCAAAUGGACCAUUGUAGAGUAGAUCUUUUAUAUUUUUUCUUUUUAUUUUUAUUUUUCUUUUUAUUUUUUUUAUUAUUAUUUUAAUUAUACUUACAUAUAAAUUAGAAGUAUAAACUGCCACAUUUUAAACAAAAUAUUUAUGUAUAUAGCUUUUUAUAAUAAAUUCUCCUAACUGGGGUUUUCACUA